ACUCACAUGAAAAAAAUAAAAUAAUAAUAUUAUCAUUUUAAACUUUUUUUCAAAAUCCAGGUCUCUUAUUUAUAAAGGCAUUGCCACUAUCCACCAAAUUAAAUUUCAUCUAGAAAGUGAGAGUCUGGAUCAUCAAACUUUUCUUGAGAGAGAAAGAAAGAAAGAAGAAAAUGGGAAGAGCUCCAUGUUGUGACAAAACAAGUGUGAAGAGAGGUCCAUGGUCACCAGAAGAAGACUCAAAACUAAAAGACUACAUAGAGAAACAUGGAACUGGUGGGAAUUGGAUUUCUCUUCCUCAUAAAGCUGGUUUGAAGAGAUGUGGAAAGAGUUGCAGAUUGAGAUGGCUUAACUAUCUUAGGCCAAACAUUAAGCAUGGAGAUUUUUCUGAUGAGGAAGACAGAAUAAUUUGCAGUCUCUAUGUUAAUAUUGGAAGCAGGUGGUCAAUCAUAGCUGCACAAUUGCCAGGUAGGACAGACAAUGAUAUCAAGAACUAUUGGAACACAAAGUUGAAGAAAAAACUCAUGGCUUUGCAUCUUCCUAGGAAACCUUCAUUUCCACCUUCAUCUUCUUUCUUUGACUACUUUACUCAAACUCCAACAACAUCCUUCACUAAUCUUCAAACCAUUUCACUUCCUUCAAAUAACUACUAUCCAAACACAAGUUUCAACCCUUUUUACCAAAACCAAGAUUCCAUGAAUCCUCACAUCAUGCAAUAUAAUAAUAACUACCCUAUUAUCAAAGACAACAACAUGUUUAUGUUUGGAAGUGAAGGAAGUUGUAGUUCAUCGGAUGGAAGUUGCAAGGAAAUCAAGCAAGAAGAAAUUGGUUAUCAUCAUCACAUGUCUAGUACUACAGGCUUUGAUGACUUCAACAAUAAUAGUAAUAACUUUAUGAUAAAUUGUAACAACAACAAUGAAAGUGUUGUUGGUGGUGGUGAAAAUAUGAACCAAUACGAAGAAAAAUCAAAUGGAGUUGGAUAUAGUUACAAUAAUAUUAGUCAAAGUCAAACAUUAACUCCAUUACUAGGUUAUGGUCUUGAAGAUAUUAAGCAUUUGAUUAGUAGCAACAACAACAUCAACAAAGAUUUUAAUGUUGAUGAAAUUCAUAAGAGUGAAGAGAAUGGUAUGUACUAUUACCAUUACUAGAGUCUAGAAGUGAAAUAAGAUAUUUUAGAGUCAUGUGUUUUUAUUUUUAAUUUUUAAUUAAUUUUAUGAAAUUAUGAAGGAAUAUUUGUUGUGAUGAUUAGUUUUUAUGUUUUGUGCAUAUCUUGUAAUGAUUAUAAACAAUGAUGUUACAGUUUUUGUAAGUA